AGAGGCGGCUGGGAGGCCAGAGGGCAGCGGGGCGGGCCCUGCUUCGCUGCUUCCCAGGCGUCGGCGCUGCCCGGCCGCGGCCGGCCGAGGGGUGCGGCGAUGGGGAUGUGCUUGCCCUGCAUGGGGGGAGCCGCCGACGACGUGGUGGAGACGCCCGACCCGGAGCUGAAAAGAAGACAACUCGCAGAAGCUGCAGAAAAAAGGCAGAUGGAGUCUGCUUCUCGGGGUAUAAAGAAUCCAUCUUCUGUGGAGGAAAGGAAAAGGAAACAGGAGGAAAUGGAAAAACGCCUUGAAUCAGGCCCCGGACCAGGCGGCGGCGGACUGAGAGUAAUUAUGCAUAAGAUUAAACGCUGUAAUUUCUUCUUCCCCACCCCACUUUUUAAAUGGCAAGUUGGAUAACUCCAAGGGCAGCUCCUGGAGGGAAGAAGACAUCCUACUGCCAAGACCUUGCCAGUUCUUGCGACUGAAUGGCACUUGUUCAGUGUCUGGUUUUUGCCAUUGUUUGCCUCUGAAGAUGCAGCAGUACUUUGCCACCAUAGCAGGGCAGGGGAAAGAUGUGCACUAAGGAUAUUGUCAAGUGAAAGCUUCACAAUGCACAGCAGAGGUGGCCAAAGUCAACAGUCCCCUACUAGUUCCGUUGCCAUGUUCUAGAGUUUUGCAUGUCUUAACAUAUUUGAGGGGCCUGAAGAGACACGUAUGUAAUAAAUGAAAUUUUCCUGCCUUGAUUCUUAUGGAAAUCCAUUCUGCUUUUUACAGUGUGCCCAGAUACUUAACUGUGUCCUUUUCUCCCCUUGUGUCACACUUGUAAGAUUUAAGUCACAGUCCUUAAAUCUUAACGUGAGAGUGAGUAUUUUGAGGAUAGACGCUUUGGUGCCUUUUAAGGGUGAACUCAUAUAUUUAAGAGAAAUGUCACCAUGAGGUAAGAAAUUGUGUCUUAUUCUUAAAAAUGCUAACUCUGGGAGGGCAGUGGGCAAUAUUUAUGGGAUUUAUUUUGCUAUCUCUCAUAUUUCCUUCUACAGCAUUGAGAGUAUGUGAUUGUGAAUCACUUAAAAUACAAUUAAACCAACAAGGUUUUGCCUGCCUGCAGUUGUCCCUAAGUUGGUACUGAAUGAUGCCUGUCAUGUCAACUGGGUAGACAGUACAAAGCCUUGACAUGUUCUGCUUUCUGGCUAUUUCUUUAUUUUUAAAUUAGUAUUCUGAAACAAAUAUAGGGAAUAUUCAUGUAGUCUCUUUGAAGAAAACCAAGGAAUUAAAUCAGCUUAUGAGGGAGAUGGUUUCGCCUUUACUUUUUGUGCUUAAAAUUAAGUUGGUGGUUUCUUGCAUGCUCCCAAAGCAUAUUUGGCUUUUUUAAAAAAAUCUCUCAGUAAAAAAUGUACAAAACAAAAUCUAAACUAUAUGCAACCCUGUGUGUGUGUGUGUGUGUGUGUGUGUGUGCGCAUAAAUAAAGUGCCCAAAUGAACUUCCUCUAAUUUAAACGGGUUAUUUAACUUUUCCCAUCCCACAGCAUUGUUAUAGGUAGUGCUGAUAUUCAAAGAGCAGACGAAUCCCUACAAUAAAUACCCCAUUAAAAUGGAAUGAAAUUAAGUUGGAAGGAAUGUGCAGUUUUAAAACCUCUCAAUAUUCUGCUGAGUUAGCUUCUACUAAAGAAAGUAUGUUUCUUGUUUUCUAGCCCACAGUAAUACAAUGUCUGCAGCCUUUCCCCUAAAGGUCAAACCCUGUCUUGAAUUUCAUAAGCUAUGCUGUAUUUAUAACUAAAACUGUCCAAGUGCUUUAACAAGUUAACUGAGAAUGGGAUGUUUCCCCUUUCCUUGGCACAAAAUAACACAGGUUUGGGUUGGGAGUGAUGCAUUUGGCCCAGUUUUGAGAGAAAAGUUGUGGGUUACGGCAAUUUCCCUUUCACUCAUUAGCUUUACAAGGUGUAUCAUGUAGUAUCUGGCAGGAGAGAGUCCAGCAUCUGUCUUCAUAUUUGUUCACGUAAUGUGAUUGUUUUAAUAAAUACAGUGCAGAAAGUCUGGCCACGUUGUAAAAUACCGAUACCUCAAACAUAAUUAUGGGCAUUUGUGUUGCACUCAUACUGUACUUACUGCUUUUUCCUGCUGUAAUACCAAUGGAAUAACACUUGCGACAUCUAGAUUUCCAGUAAUGCAGAGCAUCCUUUAAGAGGAUGAUGCUAAGAAAAGUUAUUAUUAAAGUGCCAAUUUGGGAAUUAA